AUGGCCCCAGAAGCCAAUGGACAUGGAAGAAUGAUGUUUACAGACAUUCUUCGAUCUAGAUUAGCACAUCCUAGAACGAAUCAAGACGACGAUGAUGAUGACGAUGAGGAGCAACGAAAUAUUGGAUCCACACAUUCGCCCGUACAAGCUGAGCUAGAAACAUUAUUGGAUGGUUUACGGGCCUCAUUGCGUCAAUGGCGAGAAAAUCCACGACACACUCAACCUAUCGAGUACGCACGAAACAUCUCUUUCGCAAAUCCUUUACUGACACGACGAGUUCCAUCACCUGAAACCAAUUCGUGGUUGGGCGAUGACGAUGUCGAUAUGCUUCCACCUGACGCGUUUGACGAGUCUCCUCCUGCUCUCCCUCCUCGUAACCUGAAUGUGUCGAUCGAAACGCUCCAUGAAGGACAAGGACGGGCUAUUACAUACAAUCGUGAUUGGCUUGUCUCACAAUGCGAGGCUCAUAUUGCAAGUCACGUUGAGUCUGACGCUAUGACUGCAGUACAACUAUGCACAGAUCUGUUUGGAAUAUUACGAUCAAACGCUGAGGAAUCGUCAUUGCAGAAUGCAUUGGUAGACUUGCUUGGAUUCUCAAACUUUGAGUUUGUGUCUUCAGUAGUGCUUCAUCGUGCAGAGAUCGUCAAUACUAUUGUCCAAAGUGCUGCAGAACGAUUUUCUGAUGAUGAGGACGACUACAAGAAGCCUCCUACUGAAUCGGAAAAGCCUGCUCAAGUAGUUCGACCGUCAUAUGGCACACAAGUCACCAUCAUGUCUGAAGAUGACAAGAAGCUUGCCAAGUUGGCCAAGAAGGAGAACAGAAAGAAAAAGAGACUGGCUGUUGAUGAAGUCAAUGCCAUGUCCAACGCAUCUUUGCUUGGAUUCGAUGGUGAACAUCUACGUCAAGCUCGAGAAGCUCAAUUGAGACUCGCUGCGUCUGCACCACAAGUUCUGGAUCCGAAUUCUGCGGUCUAUGCACCUCAAGAAGUCUUUCCACACGUUUAUCAAUCUGGUUCUGGAGGCUCUAUGCUAUCUGCAUUUGGCACCAAGUUCACAUUGCCUGUCGGGUCAGAGCGAAAGGACUACAAGGAACACGAAGAAAUAUCGAUUCCAUUCAGUAAACCAGCACCGCUUACAGUUGGUGAAAAGUUGGUGUUCAUCGAUACACUUGAUGAAUGGUCAAAACGAGCCUUCAAGGGCUACACGAGUUUGAAUCGUGUACAGUCAAUUGUCUUUCCUGUUGCCUAUCAGACCAACGAGAAUAUGCUGAUUUGUGCUCCAACGGGUGCUGGUAAAACAGAUGUCGCCAUGUUGACAGUACUUCGAACACUUCAACAAUAUCGAAAAGAUGGCCAUUUACUCAAAAAUGAUUUCAAGAUUGUGUACGUUGCACCAAUGAAGGCUCUAGCAGCUGAAAUUGUGCGAAAGUUCUCGAGUCGAUUGGGUGCGAAGGAAUCUGAAGGUGGUCUGGGUCUUGUCGUGAAGGAACUGACUGGUGAUAUGCAAUUGACUCGAGCUGAAAUCGGUGCUACUCAAAUGAUUGUGACCACACCGGAAAAGUGGGACGUGGUGACACGUAAGAGUGUCGGAGAUACCGAGUUGGCCCAAAAAGUCCGAUUGUUGAUUAUCGAUGAAGUGCAUCUUUUACACGAUGAUCGAGGUGCUGUUAUUGAAAGCAUCGUUGCCCGAACAUUACGUCAGGUCGAAUCCACUCAAUCGCUAAUUCGAAUUGUUGGAUUGUCUGCUACGUUGCCAAACUAUGUUGAUGUAGCUCGCGUCAAUCCAUAUCAAGGACUCUUUUACUUUGACUCUGGUUUCAGACCUGUGCCUCUUGCUCAACAUUUUGUUGGUGUCAAGGGACGAGCUGGAGGAGCUAGCUCUCUAGCAAACAUGAAUCAUGUCACUUAUGACAAGGUCUUGGACAAGGUCAAGGACAAGCAUCAAGUUAUGGUGUUUGUACAUUCUCGAAAGGACACAGUCAAGACUUCGUAUAUGCUGCGUGAUGAAGCUGUUCGUGAAGGCAAAAUGGAAUUUUUUGAUCCAUCCUAUGAUACCAACUUUGGACUUGCUGUCAAGGAUAUAAGUAAAUCCAAGAAUCGCGAAAUGAAGGAAUUGUUUGCACAAGGAUUUGGGAUUCAUCAUGCUGGAAUGUUGCGAUCUGAUCGAAACAUGAUGGAGAAGUACUUUGAGAAAGGAUUCAUUCGGGUGUUGUGUUGUACAGCAACGCUUGCUUGGGGUGUCAAUCUUCCAGCGUUUGCUGUGAUCAUCAAAGGCACUCAAGUUUAUGAUUCAGCUAAGGGUAAAUUCAUCGACCUCUCCAUUCUCGAUGUACUCCAGAUAUUCGGUCGAGCUGGUAGACCACAAUACGAAGACCAUGGUGAUGCUACUAUUGUCACAUCUCAUGACAAGCUGUCCCAUUAUGUUUCGGCAAUGACCCAACAGCAUCCAAUCGAAUCUCAAUUCGCUACGAACAUGACUGACAAUCUCAACGCCGAAAUCUCGCUUGGCACAGUAACAAAUCUGGAUGAAGCCGUCAAAUGGCUCUCAUACACGUACUUGUAUGUCCGAAUGAAGAAGAAUCCCUUCCACUACGGAUUGGAAUGGCAGCAGCUGCAAGAUGAUCCAUUACUAGGAUCUCGUCGACGAGAACUCAUCAUAUCAGCAUCGAAAUCACUACAUAAAGCACAAAUGAUUGUGUUUGAUGAACGAACAGGGUAUUUGACUCCCAAAGAUUUGGGACGAACUGCUAGUAGUUUCUAUAUUCGAAGUGCAACCAUUGAAGUAUUCAAUACCAUGAUGAGACCUCGUAUGUCUGAAGCCGAUGUAUUGAGUAUGAUUAGUAUGAGUAGUGAGUUUGAGAACAUUCGAGUUAGAGAGGAAGAGAUGACUUCGUUGCAGAAUUUGGAGCAAGAGUGUGUUUGUGCUGUCAAGGGAAGCGUUGAUACCAACUAUGGAAAGAGCAACAUCUUGUUACAAGCAUAUGUGUCAAAACUCACAAUCGAAGAGUUUGCCUUGGUAUCGGAUACAGCCUAUGUCGCUCAAAAUGCAGCACGUAUCUUACGUGCCUGUUUUGAAAUCGCCUUGAAUCGUAGCUGGGGUCCAACAGCAGCUGUAAUUCUCUCCUUGUCAAAAUCAGUAGAUCGUAGAAUGUGGUCGUUCGAGCACCCAUUAGCUCAAUUUGAUUUGCCGAUGGAAAUAAUUCAAAAGAUGGAGAAUUCUCCUAAAAUCAUGACGUUGGAAUCUAUGCGUGAUAUGGAUGUUGUCGAAUUGGGCAAUAUCAUUCGACACAAUAAGAUGGCACCCACUGUUGCCAAAUGUGUGGACCAGUUUCCGACGUUAUAUAUCGAAGCCAGUGUAGCUCCCAUUACCAGGACAGUGCUGAGAGUUACUCUGUAUAUCACUCCAGACUUUACUUGGAACGAUAGAGUGCAUGGCACAGCAGAGCCCUGGUGGAUAUGGAUUGAAGAUGCUGAAAAUGUCGAGAUCCUGCACUCCGAAUACUUCCUACUCACCAAACGACAACAACGUGAAACUCAAAAGCUUGGCUUCACUAUACCACUGCCUUCUGUAUCGUCGACUACUGAUGGUCUACCGCCACAAAUCUUUGUCCGUGCCAUAUCAGACAAGUGGAUUGGAGCAGAGUGUGUUGUUCCAAUCUCGUUCAAACACUUGAUUCUGCCGUCGUUACAAGCAUCUAUACAAACCGACUUGUUGGAUUUAUCACCAUUACCAGUAUCAGCAUUGCAAAAUCCAGUAUUAGAAGCUAUUUGUGAGAAACGGUUUGAUUAUUUCAACGCCGUGCAAACGCAAAUCUUCCAUACCUUGUAUCAUACGGAUCACAAUGCACUCGUUGGAGCACCCACUGGUUCUGGAAAAACAGUUGCUGCUGAAUUGGCUAUGUGGGCAACAUUCCGAGAUAACCCAACUGCCAAGGUGGUUUAUAUUGCUCCUCUCAAAGCGUUGGUACGAGAGCGUGUGAGUGAUUGGAGAGCGCGUCUUACCGGUCCCAUGAACCGUCGUCUAGUCGAACUGACUGGUGAUGUAACUCCUGAUUUACGUACUAUUGAGGAAGCAGACAUCAUCAUCACGACCCCAGAAAAAUGGGAUGGUAUCUCUCGUAGCUGGAAAUCUCGAUCAUAUGUCACUUCAGUAGGGCUAGUCAUUAUUGACGAAAUUCACUUGUUGGGAGGUGAACGUGGCCCCAUUCUGGAAAUCAUCGUAUCGCGUAUGAACUAUAUAGCUAGUCAAACGCAACGUAAAGUCAGGAUUGUGGGAUUGUCGACUGCUUUGGCCAAUGCUCAUGAUUUGGGUGAUUGGUUGGGUAUCAAGCAUGUAGGAUUAUUCAACUUCAGGCAUUCAGUACGACCUGUGCCAUUGGAUAUUUAUAUUGAGGGGUAUCCGGGCAAGCAUUAUUGCCCCAGAAUGAUGUCGAUGAACAAACCGACAUAUGCUGCUAUUAUGACGCAUUCUCCCACCAAGCCUGUAAUCGUAUUCGUAUCCUCUCGUCGUCAAACACGUCUUACAGCUCAAGACUUGAUCUCGCUCUGUGCUGCAGACGAUAAUCCACGUCGCUUCCUAAAGAUAUCUGAAAACGAUCUCGACAACAUAUCAUCACAAAUUCGAGAUCCAGCAUUACGUUUGUCGCUUAGCUUCGGAAUUGGUCUUCAUCAUGCUGGAUUGGUUGACUCGGAUCGUAAAACAGUAGAAGAGCUAUUCGUAAACAACAAGAUUCAAAUCUUGAUUGCAACCAGUACUCUAGCUUGGGGCGUCAAUUUCCCUGCCCAUCUCGUAGUAGUCAAAGGAACCGAGUUCUUUGAUGCCAAGAAACAUGCAUAUGUAGAUUUCCCCAUAACAGAUGUUUUGCAAAUGAUGGGUCGAGCUGGAAGACCUCAGUUCGACGAUUCUGGAGUAGCUGUGAUCUUGGUGCAUGACGUCAAAAAGAACUUUUACAAAAAAUUCUUGCAUGAACCCUUCCCAGUCGAAAGCAGCUUACAUUCAUGUUUACAUGAUCAUUUCAAUGCUGAAAUUGUAUCUGGUACCAUCAAGUCGAAACAGGAUGCUGUCGAUUUCUUGACAUGGACCUACUUUUAUCGUCGGUUACCAAUGAACCCUACAUACUAUGGCCUUGAAACUACAGAUGCACAUAGCAUCAACAUCUUCUUGUCUGGUGUAGUGGAAAAGACCAUUACCGAUCUAGCAGAGGCUGGAUGCUGUGAUGUCCAAAGUCAAUUCUUCAUCACACCAACUGUAAUAGGUCGCAUUGCUUCAUAUUACUAUCUUCAAUACCGUACAGUCGACUUGUUAAGAAAGAGGUUGACUCGUGACUAUCGAGCGACUGGACGAGCAGAAGAUCAUGAUGGUGACUUUUCGAGGAUGAUGAGAAUACUGAGUGAUGUGUCUGAAUAUGAUGAGCAUCCUGUUCGACAUAACGAAGACCAUCACAAUCAGGAAAUGGAAGCCAUGCUUCCUGUCCAUGGCUAUGAUCCAUUGAAGAAGGGCCAAUCUUCAUUCGGUGGACCUCGACAAGUACUAGGUUAUGACAGUCCUCAUUUGAAGGUCUUCUUGUUAAUGCAAGCUCAUUUGACACGAAUGACUUCCUUCCCCAUCGCUGAUUAUGCCACUGAUUUGGUAUCUGUUCUUGAUCAAUCUAUCCGUGUGAUGCAAGCUAUGGUUGAUGUGAGCGCAGACCAAGGAUAUCUUGCUACCACAAAAGGAGUUAUGAAGUUGAUGCAAUGUAUAAAGCAAGCUCGAUGGCCCACAGAUUCGACCUUGCUGACUCUUCCACGUAUUACACCCGAUAUGAUCUCAUCGCUACAGUAUAAGAAACAACCCGUAACUAAAAUCAGCCAGCUACUACAAUUGUCUGAAGCUGAUAUUACCAAUAUCUUCAAACGAAUCCCAUCAUUAUCACCUCCACACAUCCAGGAUAUUGUUCGUAUAAUCACGAGCAUGCCUAGUAUGAAUAUCCGAUAUCGUAUUGAUGGAACCAAACAACUUGAAACAGGAGAAAUAGUAUUGAAAGCCGGUGAAUCGUAUACUAUCAAGAUUGAAGCUGCUCGACAUCGUCCGUAUCGAUCCUUGUCGGGAAGCAACGUGAUGGAUUACCGUACAUACACACCCAAAUUCCCAAAACCACAAUAUGAAGGAUGGUGGGCGCUGCUCUGUGAGCCUGAUGCUGAUGAGCUAAUUGGUAUCAAACGUGUCUCUCCCAGUGGUAGUGGACGUGGUGCUGGUGAUACUGAACAAGGGGUAGCACCUCAACGAGUAAGCAAAGAUGGUCGAUUAAGUACCAGUGUUGAAUUUACGGUGCCUGAUGAACCAGGAACGCGUAAAACAUUUGGUAUCUCCUUAAUGAGUGACGCGUAUCUUGGAUUGGAUGUACACGUUAGAUUCGAUAUAGCUAUAGUAUAA